UUCAAAUCAUAAAGUCCUUUCCUUUUUUCUCUGUAUUAUUAUCAUAAUUUCCAUUUGAAAAUGGGUUCUCUACAUGCAGUUUUCUUCUCACUUUUGGUCAUCAGUAUUAUUGUUGGUUCAGCUAAUGGUGAUAUCUAUGAUGGUGGGUCUUACGAUUCUAUGACACCCAAAUUGGCUAAGGAUCAAGAAAGGCUUCUCUCUACCAUGAUUGGCAUUGAAGGAAUUAUCCUUUACAAAUUUGGUUCAUCAAUUUCCCCUCUUCAAGGAGGUUUGGCAAGAAUAACAUGUAAAACAGUGGAUGAGUAUGGUUAUGAGGCAGCUUCUUACACAUUUUUAAGUGAGUCAAGUGAUGAAAAUGGCUAUUUCUUGGCAACAUUAUCUCCUUCAGAGGUAGAAGACAAGAGAGAAUUGAAGGAAUGCAAAGCUUUUCUAGAGGUCUCACCAUUAGAGAACUGUCAAUCUCCUUCUGACCUCAACAAUGGAGUCUCUGGUGCUCUUCUCCAUUCUUACAAAUUUUUGGUUCAUAAUAACAUGAAACUCUUCUCUGUUGGGCCUUUCCUUUUCACUUGCCAAACUUAAAACAGCAAGAUUCAAUGUAUAUGUAUAUGAUAAUUAUAAUGAUCUAUAUAAGCUUAGUUCAGAGACAUUAUUCUAAAAAUUGGAAAAGAAUUUUUGAAGAUUGAUCAUUAGUGUCAAUGUCAAAUUUGAGAUUAUAAAAUAGUCUCACUUUUAUAUUUGCCUAAUUAUUCUCUUUAAUGUAUUUCUUUAAAAAAGAUUUAUACAAA